AUGUCUUUGUUGACAGAACUAUCCGAGCCCUCGGGCGCGGCCCCCGCGACCAAUGCGUCCUCUUCGCCUCCAGCCUCUACUCCCUCUCCUGCGACUUCGAAUGCCACGACGGCCGCUUCGAGCAGCGCGACUCGUCGCCCGCCGCGCAAGAGCACCUUGACCCAACAGCAGAAGAACAACAAGCGCCAACGGGCAACCCAAGAUCAACUCGUCACUCUCGAGGUCGAAUUCAACAAGAACCCUACGCCUACUGCUGCUACCCGGGAGCGCAUCGCCACAGACAUCAACAUGACUGAGCGAUCUGUACAAAUCUGGUUCCAGAAUCGUCGCGCAAAAAUCAAGAUGCUCGCCAAGAAGAGCAUUGAAACCGGUGAAGGUUGCGACUCUAUCCCCGAGUCAAUGCGCCAUUAUCUUGCAAUGCAAUUCGACCCGAGCAAGCCUGGAACCCGUGACCCCUUUGGACGCGCUGCAGGCUAUGGAACCCCUGGCAUGUAUCCGAAUGAAGCCAACCCAUCUGGGAAAGUCGUCAUUUCUCAUUUCACCUGCCGCUCAUUGACGGUCGGUACAUGGCGGCGCAUUGGCCAAAAUGCCAUGGACCUUGUCAUCUUCUACUCACCCGACAAGGCCUGCAUGACAUACUAUAUCAACAACGAUUCCGCUGGUUACAAAAUCGAGUACCCUUUCUCAUACAUCAAGAACAUCACCCUGGAGACCGGAGACCCGAAUCCAGGGCCGAAUGGCGCCCCUUCUCGGCCUGGUGGUUUGGUGGUGGAACUUAACCGUCCCCCACUGUUCUACAUGGACUCCUCCAACUCUGGAGGCUUCUACCAGUGCGGUGAUUUCACCGAGGAGCAACAAGCAAGUCAGAUCAUGGUUCACCACUUGGGAGGCCAUCCCAAGGUACUGAGCGUCCAGCUGGCCAAGCUGGUGUCCUUGGAGUCAUUCCAGAAUCGCCUGGCAUAUAACAACAACAAUAACUUUGCUGUCCCCGCCGCUCCCGCUGCCAUGUCGCCCCCCUUCAUUCAACGACCUGCCUCUCAGCCCAACCACUUUGCCCCUGCUGCCUACUUGAACCUCUACCAGGACCACAACCACCUGGGCUUCAACAUGCCUGCUGCUCGUGGCCACAAGCGCCAACGAAGUCGCUCUGUACCCGUGGCGGUUGAUAUUUCGGCGCUUCAAGCUCCCAUGCACUCAUUCCACAUGCCCCAGACCCCGGCUCCAUUCAACCACACCGAGGCUGGCAUCUACGCACCAGUUCCCCAGUCAGCUCACGCUCUGCCUACGGAUCUCCGCAUCGAUACUGAAAGCUAUGGCCUCGACUUCCGCACGAACCCCAUGUCUGCAACAACCGCCGGGUCGCCAUCCGACUUUGCUAGUCCGUCAAUGUUCAGCAGUGCUGCUCAUGGCGAUUCUACCCCCGUUGCCAGCCUGGCUCCUCAGUUCAAUGUUCCUCAAUUCGCUACGGGGCCAUCCGACUCCUCGACCGUUGGAUCACACGCUGCCUCGCCGUACUCCGGUGUCAGCCCUGCCGAUCCCAUGAUUGCCAAUCACUCUCCGCCUUUGUCCAACAUGUCUCACGCUUCCUCCGAUAUGUAUGGAUUUGCGCACGAUCAGCAAUCAGGCUUUGUCGAGGAUGGGCUUUCCAUGAACGACAUGUAUUCCAAACACAAUGUGAACUACACGGUCUCUCAUGAUGCUCCGAGCUUUGAGCUACCGAUGCACGGCAUGUCUGGGCACGCCUCUCCGACGCUAGGGGAUUAUUCCCAUGGCAUGGUCAACCUUGAUGAAAUCAACUCUCACGGCUUGCCGACUGGGUCUUGA